AUGGUAUGUGAAAAUUAGUAAAUUGAGAUGGAUUAUGGAUGUAAUGAUAGAUGAGACUUAUUUUUAGUAAAGAAUUCAAAGAGCCAGCUCAGCAGGUUAAAUUUUGAGUCAAAAUCAAAAUCAAAAUCAAAAUCAAAAUCAAAAUCAAUGAAACUUUGUCUCAAGGUUUUUAUGAAUUAGUACUAACUAUUAUAGGCUGACAAAUCACAAAAUCCUAUGCGUGAAUUACGUAUUGAAAAAUUAGUUUUAAACAUUUGUGUUGGUGAAUCCGGUGAUAGAUUAACCAGAGCUUCAAAAGUUUUAGAACAAUUAUCAGGUCAAACCCCAGUCCACUCAAAAGCUAGAUAUACUGUUAGAACUUUUGGUAUCAGAAGAAAUGAAAAAAUUUCAGUCCAUGUUACUAUUAGAGGUCCAAAAGCUGAAGAAAUUUUAGAAAGAGGUUUAAAAGUUAAAGAAUAUCAAUUAAGAAACAAAAACUUUUCAGCUACUGGUAACUUUGGUUUCGGUAUUGAUGAACAUAUUGAUUUAGGUAUCAAAUAUGACCCAGGUAUUGGUAUUUACGGUAUGGAUUUCUACGUUGUUAUGGGUAGAGCAGGUGCCAGAAUCACAAGAAGAAAAAGAGCUAGAUCAACCAUUGGUAACUCACAUAAAACUAAUAAAGAAGAUACCAUUCAAUGGUUCAAAACAAGAUAUGAUGCUGAUGUUUUAGAUAAAUAA